AAAAUACCAACUUGAGGCUGUGAGAAAAUCAAAAGUUAAGCAUAUGCAUUUAAAAAAAAGUAAGACAAUGCACAAAAAUAAUGAUUUAUUAGAUUAUGAAUUAGUUAAUAAAGAGCUUAAUGAUCAUAUUUGGGUAGAUAAAGAAAUUAAUGAAAAAGCUGAUAGUUAUUUUGAAGUUUUACUAGCAGCUGCUAAGAAUAAUAAUACUUGA